AUGUUGUUUGGCUACUUUUGGCUCAUCUUUCCGUUGCUCGCUCUGGCUCGCCCAGAGGAUUGCGAAGAUUCUGAGGAUCUGCCCGACUUUUAUCACGGUCCGAAACGUCCUUUCCCUCAUGAACCGCAUUUCGCGCCAAAAGGGCCAUUCCGUCACGGACCAUUUCCAAAGCCUGAUGAGCCCUUCACAGACCCGGAUCUCAACGGGGCCCCGUUCAUCCAUCAUGGCAAGCCAAGCUAUAACGAGCCAUCCUACAAUGAGCCAUCCUACAAUGAGCCAUCCUACAACGAGCCAGCCUAUAUCGACCCGACAUUGGACGAGUCGACACAUGAUGACAAGUACUAUGGCCAGCCAGACACCAAUCAACCGCCUUGGAAUGAUGUUCAACCAGCUCCUAUCUACAGAACUCAAACCAAGUUGCAGACCACUUACACGAGAACGUUGACCGAAACGUUCACCGAAACGUUCACGACAAAAAGGACUACCUCUACUACUUCGACCAGCACCACUUCGACCAGCACCACUUCGACCAGCACGACUACUUCGUCCAGUACAAGUACUACUACUACCCCAACUCCCACGCCAACAACGUUCCUACUCCGAUCUUUGGGAUCGACCAACGUGCCGGACGGUACGACAUUGUUUAAUCAACCAGUCCUGUCGAGUGGCGUCGAAGGAAUCGCCACUUUCAACAACCUCGAUGGGAUUUUUACGAUUAAUGACCAGGGCUACCUCAUUGACGUGGCCACUGGCAAUAUUGCCAAUGUCGAUUCGGCCGACACGGUGCCCAUUUUCUUUGAUAGUGCAAAUGACAUCAUUUCCGCUGGUUACUUUCCCUGUCAAUGCGUCGUCGUUGUCGUCAACAAUGACCCGCCGGUCCUGAACUGCGAUUGUAACGGCUCUACCGUCUUCCAGACCGACGGCAGUGCCCAACUCAACAUUGGUCCCCAACUCAAUCCUGAUUUGUCUAGUGUAACUGUCCUGGUCGAUUAUGGCGUUUAG